CACAAUCACAACCACGACACACCUCAAUUGCUCCAAGCAACUCCCUGCACAGUCCUCGAAUUCACGAAGCCUUCUGCUCUCGCAUCACCCACGAUUGAAUAUCAAGCUUCCUACUCCCACAUCUGCCACAACCUUGCACUCUCGCAGCAACCAAGACAACACGCCUAUUCACCAUGGCCCUGCCCACGCUCGCCCUCCCAGGCCAGCCCUUAGGACCCUCCUCAAAAUACGCACCAGGCCCAGGAACACACAUCCACGAGUCUCAAAUCUACGCCUCGAUCGCCGGACCCGUAACAACACAAGCACCAACCCCAUCCACAAAACCCCAAUCCACCAGCACCACCAGCGCAAAACCCACAUCGACACCCGCCCAACCCUCCCUCCCAAUCCUCAGCAUAUCCCGCGCCCCCUCCUCCCCUCACGACAUCCUCUCUACCUCCUCAGCAAGUAGCACCGUCCUCCCCUCCGUCGACUCCAUCGUCCUGUGUCGCGUAAUCCGCCUGGGCCCCCGCUUCGCCAGCGUCGAGAUCCUCGCCAUCGACGACGUCGCGUGCCGCGAGUCCUUCCAGGGCCUCAUACGCCGGGAAGACGUGCGCGCGACCGAGAAGGACAAGGUGCGGAUCGAGGAGGCGUUCCGCGUCGGGGACAUCGUGCGGGGCGUUGUCAUCAGCUUGGGCGAUCAGAGCAAUUACUACAUUUCGACGGCGGAGAAUAGGUUCGGCGUCGUGCUGGCGAGGAGUGAGGCCGGCAACAAGAUGUUUCCGGUUAGUUGGAAGGAAUUUAGGGAUCCGAGGACGGGGAAGUCGGAGGUCAGGAAGGUUGCGAAGCCUUUCUAAGAAGAUGGGAGGUGGAAGGGGGGUUGUGGAGGGUGAAAGGGGGAGAAAUAUGAU